AUGUGGUACGAGAUUCCUGCCUCCAAAGCGGGCCUCUUCAGGACAGCGCGAGAUGCCCGAAGGCCCAGAAAGGCGGCGCAAGCGCUGGAGGCUUCCAGAAGGAGGCGGGGCCGAGCGGCCGAGGAGGAAGUGCCGGGGCGGAGGGGGCGGGGCCGAGCGGCCGAGGAGGAAGUGCCGGGGCGGAGGGGGCGGGGCCGAGCGGCCGAGGAGGAAGCGCUGGGGCGGAGGGGGCGGAUUGAGGAGGAAGCGCUAGGGCGGAGGGGGCGGGGCCGAGCGGCCGAGGAGGAAGUGCCGGGGCGGAGGGGGCGGGGCCGAGCGGCCGAGGAGGAAGUGCCGGGGCGGAGGGAGCGGGGCCGAGCGGCCGAGGAGGAAGCGCUGGGGCGGAGGGGGCGGAUUGAGGAGGAAGCGCUAGGGCGGAGGGGGCGGGGCCGAGCGGCCGAGGAGGGAGCGGAGGGGGCGGAGGGGGCGGGGCCGAGCGGCCGGGGAGGAAGUGCCGGGGCGGAGGGGCGGGGCCGAGCGGCCGAGGAGGGAGCGGAGGGGGCGGGGCCGAGCGGCCGAGGAGGGAGCCCGAGGCUCCCCGAGCGGGCGUGGAGGGGCGGGGCAGCCUCGCUGUGA